AUGCGAUGCGCGAGCAAGGCCGCCGAGAGCGCGUCCGCACGUCUCUGUGCGGACGCCGAAGCAGAAACAACAGCAACUGAUGUCUCAUCGGUUGCUGAAGCGACCCAGCCUGUAUCACUUGGUGAUGCAGGCGCUGGUCAUGAAGACACUCGUGUCUUCACAGAGUACGAGCUCGGUGUCUCGUACUCUCCUGAUACGGAGGACGGAUCCGUAUCGACAACGAUUGAAUCUAAGCCUCCUGCCAAGCGUGGCAUGGACGAUGCUUUGCGUCGCAGCAUCUUUGGUUCAUCUGAUGAAUCAGAUGAACCAUCGCCGAAGCGAAGGCGCUCGAGGUCGCGAGACUCGGGCGCUAAUAGUGGUGUCGGUUCUCCUAUGGACAUUACUUCGCAACGAGGUUCCAUUCCUUCUGUCGGCACAUCGCAGGAAGCGCGGGACCGCAAUGUCUUGCGUCUCGCUCCAGAAAAGAAGGCAUGGAUGCCUCCAAAAUCCGUCAUGGAUCACUUGUCGGCGACGACGAGUGAUCGUUAUCGAACACGAUUGUUCGAUUCGUCAAGGAUCCAUCACCUUGACCCCAGCGCGAAAAACUAUCGCGCUGAACAUGAUUUCUUCAUCGAUGCUUUCUUCAAACAUCGAUGGUACAGUGGGAAUCACAAACGUGAUGGUCCCUCACUACUUCAGGCGUGGAACGCCUACAUCCAUAACCUUGAGGAUGUAGGUCGUGACGCUUGGAACGAAAAACUUAUCAAAGCUCGUGAUAAGUUUGAAAAGCGAACCCCGACAGGUGCACGCUACAAGCUGCAUCGUCUGUCAAGGGAGAAAUGA